AUGGGAUGUGGAUCAAAAAAUCAAAAAAGAACUUCUUUAAUAAUUAUUAUUGACAGUCCACCACCUAGUUUACCAUCCUCUAUGCAUAUUAUAGAUCUACCAACUAAUCAAACUUUUAAUCUAGGUGCCAAACUCCAAUAAUUUGAAAAAUCAAACUUAGCUUUAAUGCUUAGUUCCUAACCAACAAAUGAGGAAAGGGAUUCACAAAAACAUUGA